UUACUUUGUGGACAUCUUUGUGGAGCUGUAACUCGCAUAUUAUCAGUCAUUGGUUUAGAAUGUCCAAUUCAGGGAUUUUUAGGUUAUUUAAGAGAUUUGCUAAAGUGACAGAUCACCACAGUCUAAGUGAAGAACAUUCUCGUCACCGUUAACGUCUUUUUGAGGUGGGGUACAUAAUGUAAAAGGAACCUCCUUAGAGUGCACACAGUUCAGUGAUGUUUUCUGUUGGGCAACCACCACUCUUUUCUGGUUUCAAAACUUGUCCUCAUCCCACAAAACUCCUUGUUGCCAUUAAGUAACCCUUUCCCAUCUCCCCUCCCAACAAGUGUCAGUUAGUAUUUGAGCAGAAAACUUUUUGUGUUGUUGAGCAGUGGAAGGCAUGACAGGAAGUUCUGCCAUGGGCUUCUUCUGGGAUGAAGCGGGACACACGGUGCUGAGCACAGGCUUGCCGGGGCCACACUGGGUGUUUGCCUUCACCCCAAAAUCCCCCAGGAGAGAAGACACGGUUAGCUUGUGCAGCGUGUUUGAAACCUGGCCCUGGGUCCAGGCAUCUCCUCCUGUCCUCGGCAGGCUGUGUUGUUAGUGGUGACCUCAGACUUUGGGUCAGACGUGACCCUCGGUCCUGUCCUUCUGGCAGUGGACUGCCCACCCCCGGCCCCCAAAUUUCUGCAUUCUUCAUUGAAACCAUCUUGUCAAAAAUCAAAUGAAACAUUGCCCUUAGUUUGUCAAGUGUGAGUCCUAACUUUUUUCAAGUCAGCUUUUUUGGAUAGAAAAAGAUUUUCCACUUUAGGAGCUCAGGAUUUUAAUUUGCUCUAAGUUACUCUUGACUUCAGGUGUUUAGUGAAUCUGAAUAUCCUGAUGCAGGCAAAUAGUGAUCCUGGCAGUUUCUUUCUUAGCAGGAGGCUUCACGUGCUGCCUGGCCCUUGAGUGAGUGAGGUCGUUUGUGAGGGUUGUUGGAGGGUGUUUCAGCCCCCAGUGGUCAUUUGUCUACACACUCUGCUUGAGGUCCCAGGCCACUGUCAGGUCUCCCCGUGGCUUUUGAAGAGAUGGUCUGGAGGUGUGACUUUGUAGGUUCUCAGUGUCUGGUAAUGGUUGGGUUUGGACCUUCAAGAUCUUCUACCUCCAUUUCCUUUGUGAAUGUGUCUCUUAUUCUUGCUGCUCUGAGCCUCGGUGGCCAGAGGUGGUGACUGAGGGCCGCCGUCUUCCCGGUGGAUGAGGGCGGCUCCUUCCCACAGCUUCACUCACACCUCCGUCACUUUGGGCCCAUUGGUUCUUUGGGUUUGCCGGCUUUUAGCAUCUGCUGGAGGAUCCAGGAUACUGCUCAUCAGACUACCUGGGAGCUCCUUCAGUGGCAGAGUGUUCCGAGCCACCUUCCUCAUGCUGGCAGCCUUCCUCACCAUCCCCCUACUCGGCGCCCUGGUGCUGCUGGACUCUCCUAUAGACCCGGAAUCUCUCAGCUUCAAAGAACCCCCUCUCUUCCUUGGUGUGCUGCAGCCAAAUACGAAGUUACAACAGGUGGAAAGGCUAUUUGAAAAUCAGCUUGUUGGGCCAGAGUCCAUAGCAAAUAUUGGGGAUGUGAUGUUCACGGGUACAGCAGAUGGCCGAGUUGUAAAACUUGAAAAUGGUGAAGUAGAGACCAUUGCUCGAUUUGGCUCAGGCCCAUGCAAAACCCGAGAUGAUGAGCCUGCUUGUGGGAGACCCCUAGGCAUCCGGGCCGGGCCCAACGGGACACUUUUUGUGGUUGAUGCGUACAAAGGGCUGUUUGAAGUAAAUCCCUGGAAACGUGAAGUAAAACUGCUGCUAUCCUCCGAGACCCCCAUUGAGGGGAGGAAAAUGUCCUUCUUGAACGAUCUUACAGUAACUCGGGAUGGGAGGAAGAUUUACUUUACAGAUUCUAGCAGCAAAUGGCAAAGACGAGAUUAUCUGCUCCUGUUAAUGGAGGGGAGAGAUGAUGGGCGCCUGCUGGAGUAUGACACCCAAACCAAGGAGGUGAAGGUUUUGCUGGACCACUUGCGGUUCCCCAACGGGGUGCAACUGUCUCCUGCGGAGGACUUUGUCCUGGUGGCGGAGUUGGCCAUGGUGAGGAUCAGGAGGUUUUACGUGUCUGGCCUGAUGAAGGGAGGGGCUGAUGUGUUUGUGGAGAAUUUGCCUGGCUUCCCAGACAACAUCCGAGCCAGCAGCUCUGGAGGGUACUGGGUCAGCAUGGCGGCCAUCCGGGCCAAUCCCGGCUUCUCCAUGUUGGAUUUCUUAUCCGAGAGGCCUUAUCUUAAAAAAGUGAUUUUUAAGCUAUUCAGCCAAGAGACAGUGAUGAAAUUUGUGCCACGGUAUAGCCUUGUCCUGGAGCUCAGCGAUAGUGGGGCCUUCCGGAGGAGCCUGCACGACCCCGAAGGGCAGGUGGUCACCUACGUGAGCGAGGCGCAUGAACACAACGGGCACCUCUACCUGGGCUCCUUCAGGGCCCCCUACCUGUGCAGACUCCGCCUGCAGUCUGCUUAGGCCUGCUGUCACCCUAUGCGCGUUGUCACCCAGAGCCCACUGUCACCCCAUGCUCCGCCCCUGGGCCUGGAGGCACAUGGACACCCUUCCUCCCAUGCCCGGUAGCCCGGGAUGUGUGGUGCAGCCCCAGGACACCCUCACCUGGGCUCGGCCUUGCAUUUGCUGAGGGGAAGAUGAGUCCUUGUAAAGCCAUUUUCUCUUAAAAACUUCCCCAAGUGUGGUGAUUGUCUAUGGGACCUGGGGACUUGGUGUACUCUGGUGGGGAUGGAUUUGUGGGUGAGCAGCUUGAGGUCUCAUCCCUGCUGCUGGCUGUGUCUCACCAGCCUUGGUGUCUUUGCUGAUAAACAGGUGAUGCCUGUCUUUGAGGGAGGGACUGCAGGAGGGUGAGGAGAGCACAGAACAAAUGUGUGUGAGACCUCAAGACUGGCUGUGUGGGCAAAGACUCUUCCCUAGAGUCCUAAGGGACUGGGCCUCAGCCCUGGGUGUCCCUCCUGUGGCUCCCACCCUCCUCCCCCGCCCGGCCCCCUCCAUCCCUUGCCAGUGUUCUGAAGGCAAGGACCCAGAUGUGUGUGGAGGAGGAACAUGUUGAUUCUAGCCACUCAGAGGACUAGCCGGCUUCUCUGUGGACAGCCCGCUGUGCAAAUCACUGGAUGGGGAUGGAAGGUGGGCGCCGGGCACCAGGAGCCCUGUUCACAACUGGUUCCUCGUCCUCAGACCCAGGUGUGAACAGUGCAUGUGUCGGGGUUGCUUGUCUUCUGGUGUCAUAAGCCUGACGGAUGUGUCCACACGUGGUCCUGGUGGUGGGCGACCCCUGUGGAUUGACCUGUGGAUGGUGUUGCCAGGACUUUGUUCUCUGCUUUGAUUCUCUCCAACAGCGAGUGAGGUCUGCCCUUCCGUGUGUCGUGAGGGCUCUUCUGCUGGGAUCGUGCUUGCUUGCUUGGCGCCUCCCCCAUGGGCUCCCACACUGACUCAGUCCACACAACACCGCUGUCCUGUUUCCAGCCUACCAAGCAGGGCUGACGUCUGCUCCUCCCUUUCCUGGUAUUCGUGAGAACACAUCAGGGAUUGUGUGUCUGGAGUGGUCUUUGUGAGUUGAAAAGACAGUGUUUUGAAUAGAUGAAUAGUGACUAUCAAGGAGGGCCGACAGCAGUCCUGAGACCAGAAUGACUUGUGUCGUGUGCUGACUCAGAUCCCCCCCUGCCCCUGUUUUAGGGGAGGACAGCCAGUCUGACGGGGGCCCAUUCCGGGUCGACCUCUGCUCAGGGCCAGCUUCCCACACAGCUGCACAGAGCAGUCAGACUGGCUGCGUGGCAGUGACCUGUGUCCUGUCAGGUGAUGUAACCUCACGGGAAAUGGUGUUUAAUAGGCAACAGUGCACCCGUGUAUGAUGUCUGCAGGAACAGACCAUUCUGCCAUGAAAACACAGCCCAAGCGCACUGACCCUGAACGUUUCUUGGUUGGGAGCCGGAAGCUGAGGGCUGCACUGUUAGCGCAGAGGAGCUGGUAGCUUUUCACAGUUUUCAGCGAAGUUGUCUUUUUUUUUUUUCUGACUCAGGUGUUGCUUUUCUGUCUCAAAGUGUCAUUUCCUGUGUUCUUUGUGGUUAUUUGCCAUGGCAAGGUGUAAAGCAUAGCCUUGUUAGUCUUAAAUAUAUGAUAGACUUUUGUUGUAAACAUAAAAUGGAUUUGUUCUAAUGUGAAUUGCUAACAUGCUCUUAAAAUUAAAGCAAGUGGUUCAUUGAU